AUGAGCAACACCGACUUUCUCGGCCGCGCCAUAGACGUGGUCAAGAAGGCCAUCGACCGCGACACAGCCGGCGACUACGAAAAGGCCUACCAGCUCUACUACCAAGCCCUCGAGCUCUUCAUGCUGGCGCUAAAGUGGGAGAAGAACGCCAAGUCGAAGGAGAUGAUCCGCGCAAAGGCCGGCGAAUAUAUGGAGCGCGCGGAGAAGCUGAAGAACCACCUGGCCGAAAACGACAAGAAGAAGCCGAGCGCGGUGGGUGCGAAUGGGAAGGUCGCGCCGGGGAGUGGGAAGGGCAAGGGUGAUGAAGAGGAGGAGCAGGAUGCGGAAAGCAAGAAGCUGAGAGGGGCGCUGGCUGGGGCGAUCUUGUCGGAGAAGCCGAAUAUCAGGUGGGAGGACGUGGCGGGUUUGGAGCAGGCAAAGGAGGCGCUGAAGGAGGCAGUCAUUCUGCCCAUCAAAUUUCCGCAUCUAUUCACGGGCAAGAGGCAGCCGUGGAAGGGGAUAUUGCUGUACGGUCCUCCAGGAACGGGUAAGAGUUAUCUGGCAAAGGCCGUUGCAACAGAAGCGAACAGCACAUUCUUCAGCGUCAGCAGCAGUGACCUAGUGUCCAAGUGGAUGGGUGAGAGUGAACGGCUAGUCAAGCAGCUGUUCGCGAUGGCGCGAGAAAACAAGCCCUCCAUCAUUUUCAUCGACGAAAUCGACGCGCUAUGCGGACCGCGAGGCGAGGGCGAGUCGGAGGCAUCACGACGUAUCAAGACGGAACUGCUGGUACAGAUGGAUGGCGUAGGCAAAGAUUCGAAAGGCGUGCUCAUCCUCGGUGCAACGAACAUUCCAUGGCAACUUGACGCGGCGAUACGAAGACGUUUCCAGCGACGAGUGCACAUCAGCUUACCAGAUCUACCUGCAAGGAUGAAGAUGUUUGAGCUCGCCAUAGGGACCACGCCUUGCGAACUGAAGCAGGCAGACAUCAAGGAGCUUGGUCGGCUAAGCGAGGGCUAUUCGGGCAGCGAUAUAAGUAUCGCAGUGCAGGAUGCGCUCAUGCAGCCCGUUCGAAAGAUCCAAACUGCGACGCACUACAAGAAGGUAAUGGUGGACGGCGAGGAGAAGCUCACACCCUGCUCUCCCGGUGACCCGGGUGCGAUGGAGAUGGCAUGGACCGAAGUGCCGUCAGACAAGCUGCUUGAGCCGCCUCUGCUGUUCAAAGAUUUCAAGAGGGCUAUUCAGAGCUCACGGCCUACGGUCAGUCAAGUAGAUCUGGAGAAGAAUGCAGACUGGACAAAGGAGUUCGGCAGUGAAGGUGCUUAG